UUAGCGAGAGCAAGUGUGAUUAUCGGGAAGAGUUUGAAAGGAUGGCGUCACCAUCUCGGCGUCAUCUUGUGCAUGCCAUGGUUUUCGGCUUACUAGCAAUUAACGCGGCGGCCAAUAUUUAUGAUAAUGAGGAACCUCUUAGGCCACCUCAUGAUCACGAGGACCCACCAUUACCAUAUAAUCAUAAAAACUCUGUAUUUCUGCCAUCAGGAUUUCUUAAUCGAGGAACACCGCCGCCGCCUCGAUCACCACCACCUCCAAAUAAGAAGAAAACGCAGUCACCUCCACCACGAGCAAAAUCUCCACCCCCGCCACCACAAGCAAAGUCUCCACCCCCGCCACCAUCAAGAAAGUCUCCACCCCCGCCACCAUCAAGAAAGUCUCCACCAUUGCCAUCAGCUUCACCUCCGACCUCAUCUUCAGCUCCCAUUUUACCUCCAUUUCCUUCUAAAAUUUCUCCAGUUACACCCCCUUCAAAAGUUCCACCAUCCCCAUUUUCGGCUUCCAAUUUAUCUCCAUCUCCUCCUUAUACUUCACCAGCAUCCCCUCCGAGAAUUUCCCCCAUUCCAUCCCCUUCCCCAUCCCCAACUCCUAAUUUAUCUCCUUCACACCCUUAUACUCCCCCGACAUCCUCUCCAAAAGUUUCACCAUCCCCAUCCCCAACUCCCAAUUUAUCUCCAUCACAUCCUUAUACUCCCCCGACAUCCCCUCCAAGAAUUUCACCCAUUCCAUCACUGUCCCUAACUCCCAAUUUAUCUCCAUUACAUCCUUAUACUCCCCCGACAUCCUCUCCAAAAGUUUCACCAUUUCCAUCACCAUCUCCAACUCCCAAUUUAUCUCCAUCACAUCCUUAUACUCCCCCGACAUCCUCUCCAAGAAAUUCACCCAUUCCAUCAUCAUCCCCAUCCCCAUCCCCAACUCCGAAUUUAUCUCCAUCACAUCCUUAUACUCUCCCAACAUCCUCUCCAAAAGUUUCACCAUCCCCAUCCCCAACUCCCAAUUUAUCUCCAUCACAUCCUUAUACUCCCCCGACAUUCCCUCCAAAAAUUUCACCCAUUCCAUCACCUUCUUAUACUUAUCCUCCACCCCCUACACCUAUCCUCAAAUCUCCACCUCCUCCGAGGUUUACACUUCCUCCCUUGUUUCACUUUAAAUCGCCGCCACCUCCAUCUCCUUCCCCCCCUCCACCUUUCCUCAAAUCUCCACCUCCUCCGAGGUUUACACUUCCUCCCUUGUUUCACUUUAAAUCCCCGCUACGUCCAUCUCCUUCUCCUCCUCCACAUAUCCUUAGAUUCCCACCUCCUCCGAGGUUUACACUUCCCCCCUUCUUUCACAUUAAAUCUAAAUCACCGCCUUCUCUAUCUCCAUCACCUCCUUCAUCCAAUAAUUAACCUCCACCUCGUUCAAAAAUAUCUAUCAAAAUUGAUUAUAUAUGGUUAAUGAUGGCAAUGGGUUUCUUCGAAGAGACUUACAUAUUAUAUAAUGCAUGUAUUGAAAAUGUAAUCAGUUGAAGGAAAGUCGAUUGUGCUCCAACAAUCAUGCCAGAAUAAUAUCAUGGAAAAUUAGUUAUUGUAAUAAUAUGGAGGAAAAUAUUAUGUUUGUUGAAAAGCAUUAUAAUACUAAAUGAAUGUCUUUUAUUACGAUAAUAA